GGUCUCUCUACUUUGAAUAGAGACCAUAGAGAGCGUUAUGGCAGCAGCAGCAGCAACUUCACCGGUGAUAAACAAUCUCAACCCUGGUCAAUACGUUGGUUUCGACUCCAUUACUCGUCAAAUCGAGACCAAACUCCUCAAGCGCGGUUUCCAAUUCAAUGUUAUGGUCGUCGGCCAAACUGGUCUCGGAAAGUCUACCUUGGUAAACACCUUAUUUGCGAGCCAAUUGAUCGAUUCAAAAGGUCGCUUCCAGCCAGACGAACAAUCACGCUCUACUACUGAAAUUCAAACCGUCUCCCACGUUAUUCAAGAAAAUGGCGUCAGACUUCGCUUGAAUAUCGUAGACACUCCUGGAUUCGGUGACCUUGUUAACAACGACGGCUGCUGGGAACCUAUCGUUAAGUACAUCAAGGAUCAGCACUCCGCCUACCUCCGUAAGGAGUUGACCGCCAUGCGUGACAAAUACAUCGUCGACACAAGAGUACACGCUUGUGUUUACUUUAUCAACCCUUCAGGACACGGUUUACGUCCAAUUGAUGUCAUCGUCAUGAAGAAAUUGGCUGAAGUCGUUAACGUUAUACCUGUUAUCGCCAAAUCAGACUCUUUAACACUCACCGAGCGCGAAUCUUUCAAGGCUAGAAUCGCCUCAGAGUUGGCAUACCAUCAAAUAAAGAUGUACCCAUUCGAUGCUGAAGAUGACGAGAGAGAUGAAAGAGAGAUUAACGAAGGUGUCCGUGAGACACUCCCAUUCGCUAUCAUCGGUUCACAAAAGACACUCAACGUCAACGGUAACCAAGUUAGAGGUCGUAAAACUCGCUGGGGUGUUAUCGACGUUGAAAAUGAGGAUCACUGUGAAUUUGUCAAGUUGCGCAACUUCCUUACAAGAACUCACUUACAGGAUUUGAUUGAAACCACCGCUCAAAUUCACUACGAAGCUUUCAGAUCUAAGCAAUUGUUGGCUCUCAAGAACCAAGCUAAUAAUGCAAAGCCACAAGAAGCUGCUUCGAUGCAAAAAAUAUAUAAUAUAUAAUUCUAUAAAAUGUUUACAAGUAAUUUACACUCUCUGCUCUGCUUUCUGUUGCUGUUCUGGCAUUUUGAACAUCGGGAUAGUACGUAUGUCCCCAGUGACUUCUUGGGAUAUAUGCUUAGCUUUAUUUCCGAUAGCCAUCUUCGCUGUACCCUUCUCAAGCCCUUGUAGGAGU